AUAAUAUCCGGGCCUUUGGCGGAAGUGCUCUUGUGAGGUUAAGAGUUCAGUUAUUUUUAUCGGCUCACUGUCGAGAAUCACGGCCCCUGCCAUGAAUACUAUGAAUUUAAAGUGAUUAUAUUGACAUAAUACUGUGAGUUAUAUUUUACAAUACUCAGUAAUAAAUAAUUAUGAAGGUGAAGUGGGUAUAAAUUGAUAAAUACUACGAAAUAACUUUAAAAAAAAUAAAGCCGAGCAAUUAACCAUCUUGAGUAUCCUGACUUUUAUUUUUCUUCAACUAAGACUAAGCUAAGUGAUAAGUGAAGUCUAAGUCUAAGUUACUUAGGCUUGAUUGCGACUAUUAAUUAACUCAAUAACUAAAUUUGGUAUAUACAUUUAAGUUGAGGGUGCUAAAUUUACAUUGGAAUUUACACUUGAGUUAAGGUUCCUGAAUUAGCAUUCAGGUUACAGAGAGUUGUAGAUUUUUUGUAAAUUAGUUUGGACAAUGUACAAUUGACCUUUCGCCCAGGGACCACUGAGUUUCAAACUUUGUUUAUUCUUUGGUAAAUUUUGGGUUAACGGUAUGGGUUUUGCCAAGAGUUUUCUCACCCUAAGCGCAGUGACGUCACUUUGGGGAAUCCCAACACUGGACUUAGACUUAGGGUGAAUAGACCUAUGCAUUGUAGAACCCGAACGAUGUGUGUUAUAACAAUAACAUUCCUAUUCUUUAUUGAGCAUUACGGCAUCAUAAACGAUACGGUCAAUAUGAUAUAUGGAAUUUUCCAUUAAUUUGUAUUAAAAUUGCUUUUUUUUUUUUUAGUUGAAAUCAAAAUACCCGUAUAUUGAAUCUUGGGUAACAAAAGGGAGACUACUGCUUAAAUUGCAUUUGGAAUGAUCUUCUGUGGAGGGCAGACCCCUCCCCAAUUUAACAAAAAAUAAAUUAAGAAAACAAUAACUUGCAUUAUGUGAAUACAAACAUCGAAAUCUUUUUAGUGUGGCGCUAUAUACCGUGGAACACAUCGUCGGCCUUACCGCUAACCCAAAAUCAUCCUAUUCUUUGAUUGUUGCUAGGUUUAAAUUUUAUUUUUUUAAAUGUUAGUACACCUUUGGGACAUUGUAAAUUAAUAUUUCAUUGGUUGGUUAAUUAUGAUAUUCCAAUUUCCCGGGCAUUUUGGAAAAUGGUUAUUAAAUUGUAUAUUGAUUUUUCUGACUACUUUUGGAUUUUAUUUUUGUUGGAACCUGGAAUAAAGUGUGUAUCCCUGUAACUGUAUUUGAUGAAAAACUUAUUGGUUUUUCAUUAUUUUAAAAAUGUUUUUAUUGUUUUUUAAUGUGUGGGAAUGGAGCGACCGCAGGUCAUUGAGACUUUUUGCGCAUAUCUAGAGGGAUACAAUAAAGUUGCUGCUUACGAAAUUAAUGUACUGACUGAAAUUACACCAAGAAAGGGGGCAACCAUUAAAUUUUAGCGUUUUGUUUCUAUUUUUGUCCCUCUCUGUAAGUAGUUGAAACAACAUAGUCUCUACAUUUUCUUUACCCAUUUGAGCUGUGAUAUUGCACUACGUUGUUUUAUUACUGUCGCAAUCUUUGUUGUUAUGACAAAGAUGGUGGCCAUGGGGGAAAAAAGUGGUCCAAAAACAUGGGGCGGAGCGCCAAGCAAGCAAUUAACAAAAGUUUCAUAAAAUUUACAUGUUUUUUUUUGUGCUAAUUUAUAACAUUUAAAAAAGUUUCAUUAAAUUUGCAUGUUUUUUGUGUGCUAUUUUUUUCUUUCUUUUGAAACAGGACCGAAUUCUUAAUUGAAAUACCAUGGUCGAUGUGUUCCACUAUCUGGAACUAAGGGCCCAGGGUCUUACACAUGGACAUCACUUCAGAGAGUGUCGAAAAGUCGUCAGGAACUUGCUGGAAGAUGUUUCUGCAAAGCCAGUUCACAACCUGGUAGAUAUUAUACAAUAAUUAACAACCUACUUCCUUACAUAAAAUUUUGCUUUUUUCGUACAUUGCUUUAAUGGCUUAAUGGAUAUUAAUAACCCAUUUGACUUUAAUAACACAUAUAAAUUUCAUAAUUGUGACACCCAUUUGAACAGGAGAGAACAAAUAAGUUUUGUCACGUUACAAGAAUACAGGAUUUAAAGUUAAAUUAACAUGAAUUAGUCAGACCUGCCAACCCUUCCGAUUUUGUCGGAACUAUUCAGAUUUUAUUACCUCUUUCCGACCUCCCGACAAAUCCCUUAAAAUUAAGAUUUUUCGAACUUUAUAAUUUUUCAACUAUCAAAAAAAAUCUGAAAGCAACCAAAAAAAAAAAAAUCAGGUACAACAGGAAGUGUUGCAUUUGUUUUUAUGAAGUCCAUACAUUUCUGCCGACCGGACAAAUAAGUGAAUAAAUUCUGGAGAUAUUCGUCCGACUAUUACUAUUAUAUAUUCGACCAAGUCACAUGAACCAUUGCUGGUAUAUAUAAUGAGCACUGCCUUGUUUUUAUCAAUGUGAACCGCGAUCUCCAAAUCACUCUACAAUGAUCAAUUGAUCCAAUUGUGAUUCAUCCUUUUAACAAGGCCAAAAAAUAAUUCAGACAUUUUUGUUAGUUUUGUUAAUGCUCUUCUUAAUUAAAUGGUUAAAUCUAUUGAAAGUGAUGAGUACGAUGAUGAUAUUAAUAAACAUAAUUUAACCACCAAUAAAAACAUACAAGUGCAGCUAAAAGUAAUCCAUGUCUUAUUUCUAAUGAGAAUACAUUUUCUAACUGUUGCUUUUAACUACAAUCAGUUGCCAUGCUAACCUUCACGUGUGCAAAUAGCUUGGACAAGUGCAAAAAGGCCACUAGGGAUAUGCUGGAAAACUGAACUCUUAGCAGUCUGUGCACAUAUGAAGAUAAAAUGGAUCUUAUGUUCUGUACUGUAUAUAUCUGUAUAUAAACAUUUCCAUUAAUGUUUUUCUCAUAUUCUGUGGUGUUGUAUGGGCUCUUCAAAGACAAUGGAGGUAACUUUAUAUUUCAUUAUUUACUAAAAAAGGCUUGUGCGUUAGUAAAUAGAUCUUACCCCAACUCCCCCCCACAGGGCGCCUCCCCCUGGGGCCACUGGCCCCAUGGCCCCACUUCCCCCCUGCGUGCACCCCCCUACAGAUUUUUUUCUUGACAGGUUGGCACGUCAGAUUAGUUAGCUUUAUAUAUACAUAUAAACAAUUUUGACAAUAGCUAAAAUCAGGCUUACCACAUGUCGUGGGUUAUCCAGUUUUAAAUCUCUUUUUUUUUCACUCGCACUUUACUAAAAAGUGCUUUGUCUUUCAGACCAUGUUAUUUGUCUCAUGCAAAUUAAUAUAAGAACCUUGUUGGUUACCAGUUAGAAUAUUUCAUGUAGCUAAGCUGAAUGACUCUACAGAUAAGGAAAUUUCGGAAUUGUGUGUGAUUGUAUUUGAAUCAAACAUCAGUUGUCCCGUGACAUGUUUGCGAGCCUAUUGACAUCUCACCCUGUUUUUUUUAUUUUUUACAAUGCUUGGCACCCUGAGGCAGGUCAGCAUUUAAAGACUGUUUGAAAAGGAAGAGUUUUGAUUCUGUUGCUAGACUUUAACAGAAAGCUACCUUUGUAAAAAUUCUUGGUGCUACAUUUGAAAAGAUUCUUUAAUGGCUGAAUCGGGUGCAGUUUUUUUAAUAAACAUUUUCUAUAAUGUGCAACCAAAUGGGGAGUAGUGAAAGGUGCAUGUAUAGAAAUGGUAGCAAUUGCAAAUUUAUCAAAGUUGAAGUCUUCAAAACACUAACAGCUUUAUAAUAUAAUCCUAACCAAGCUUUUUUUAACCUUUUAAAGUUUUUUAUUAUUAUUUAUUUAUUUCAGGCCAAAUAUGCAAUUUAUGUUUUAAAAAAAUGUACAGGCUCUAUACAUGUACUUUUUCAUACUCACAACACAUUAUAGAAUGUGAGACGGUAACACUUUUUUAAACACCUGAAACCGUUUUUUUUUUUUUUUUUUAUCGGGUCCGGGUAAGUGCUGGUUGUCCAAAAACUCAGCAAUUAAAAAUAUUUUAAAAAUUUAAAACGUUGAAGCUGAACUUUUAAAUUUGUAAGCUUGAUCCCCCUUUGAAUAUGAAGCCCUGGCAAAAACUAUGCCUGAAGCAACAGUCAUCUGAUUUAAAAAAAUGUACAGGCUCUAUACAUGUACUUUUUCAUACUCACAACACAUUAUAGAAUGUGAGACGGUAACACUUUUUUAAACACCUGAAACCGUUUUUUUUUUUUUUUUUAUCGGGUCCGGGUAAGUGCUGGUUGUCCAAAAACUCAGCAAUUAGAAAUAUUUUAAAAAUUUAAAACGUUGAAGCUGAACUUUUAAAUAUGUAAGCUUGAUCCCCCUUUGAAUAUGAAGCCCUGGCAAAAAAUAUGCCUGAAGCAACAGUCAUCUGGUGGCUAAAAUAAAUUUUAAGCAUGCUGCUCGGAGUUUUGACAAAGUUAAAAGGGACAUUAAAUCUCUUGGAAAUGUAGUUUAAUGUGAAAACAUUGGGAGUACCAGAGUUUGAUUGAAUCAAAUAAUUGCCAUACUGUCUGUUAUCAACCUUGUUGAAUUUCUGUUAUAAUCACAGUUAGCCUAUUUCGAUGGCAUAGACAAGCAAAGCAUGUUUUUUUUUUACUUUGCAUGUUAUAGAAUUUUAUGAUCAUUUAUUGUUCUCUUCACAGCCCUGUGAGUUUUCUGGUGAGCCAAGGGCCACAUUUCUCAUGGACUUCAGCCCAAACAUGUGAUUAUAAUUUUUUUUUUUUUAGAUCUUGACUAGCUUUAAAAAAUAUGCAAUGCAUACUAUACUUUUCUAAAUAAUCAAUAUAUGUGUUUGUGAGCUUAUUUUUCUAAACGAUUUUGCCAAAAUAUAGAUUAAAUUAAUUUACUUCCAUCUAUAUUUUAAAGGGUACUCAAAAGAAUCAGAAGGCUAAAUUUGUUUGUGCUAUUUUUUAAUCAUGUGCUGCAAUCAUAUCUCUUUCCAUGAACUGGGGUUAUUUUUUUAAAUUCUUUCAGGUUACGUGUGGCAUCAACACAUGGGGACCAUACUGUACGAGUGACAGAUAUACGGACUGGAAAAUGUACCCACAUACUAACUGGGCAUCCCAGAACACCAUGGUGUCUAGCAUUUAAUCCAGCGUCUAAUGAUAUACUUGCCUCUGGCUGUUUGGGUGGAGAAAUUCGUAUAUGGGAUCUACUGGUAUUAAUUUUUCCAGCAGCUCUAUCGAAAUACAUUCAUCUGAUAUUUUUCAUAUUACUUUUUAAAAGUCAAUUAAUUCUUUUGGUAGAUCUACCCUGUUACUUUUAUUCUUGAGUGCUGUUCUCUAAAUCAAUACCAAAAAAUUUUUUAAAAUAAUUUGUUAAUCUGAUGUCAAAUCCAGGGUGGCGGGAGUGAAGUUCUUCUCAACCCUUGUGUGGGCCAAGUCAUCACAUCGCUGGCAUUCCACCCGACGGGUCAAGUCCUUGUGUUUGCGACCAUGAACUAUAUUUACUUUUGGGACUGGAGCCAAGCAACGCCGUUCUCCUUUACUAGGACAACCCAUGAUUAUGAGAGAAUACGGUACAAGCACAUACAACUUUGUUAUUGUAUUUAGUUCUGUUUUAUUCUCUCCAGCAAUGAUUUUUAUAAGUUGAUAGCUAGUUAUUAGGAAGUGUAUUAUUUUAAAGUUGGUAUUAAGUAUUUGUUUAAUGGCCAGUUAUCAUUAGGAAGCGUUUGUUUGAGGGCUAGUUAUUAGGAAGUGUUUGAUCGUAGCUAAUACAUAUCGGCUAUGUGAAUGGGGUUAAAUGCAUAAAGCAGCCAUCCCCCAAUACGGAAGAGUUUAGUUAGUUCAAAAGUUGAUUCGGUUUAGAAAGUUUUAUAUACAUUCUCAUUGUAUAUGCUGUAAAAAACAUGCAAAUGUAUUUCAUUCGUGGCAGGAGCUUGUAUCAUUCUCUCCCUCUUUUAUGCCAUCUCUUAGGUUCUUGUAAGUGGAGCAGUAUGUUAAGUUCUUGUAAUCACCAAUCAAUCACACCUUAGUGUGCAAUGUUAUGUUCCAAACGUUUUGAAAAGAUUAAUUUUUUUCCACCCACUUGUGCUUAUCAUUUCCAGUUGGCUGCGAUUUGAUCCACUUGGCCAGUACCUGUAUACAGGAAUAGCCAACAACACCACAGUUCACAGAGACAGAGAAGGUGUGGCAAGAGUUGUCGCAAUGUAGGUAUCAAUAUUCAAUCUGGCAUAUAUCUUGCCAUGCCCUCGGUGACUCUGCAAGCACAACAUUUUAGGGCAGUGGAUCUCAACCUGUGAGACGCUACCCCUUUGGGGGUCGAACGACCCUUUCACAGGGGUCGCCUAAGACUAUUGCAAAACACAUAUACCCUACAGUUAUGAAAUAGCAACGAAUAUAAUUUAGUGAUUGGGGGGGGGGGGGUCACAUCAACACUAGGAAUUGUAUUAAAGGGUCGCAGCAUUAGGACGGUUGAGAACCAGUGUUUUAAGGGAUCAGAAUUUAAGGAUUUUUUAGAGACUUGGAAAAGUGACCUAUUUAAAGUCAACCAACCUGUUUUUUUAAACAAAGCAAAAGUGUAUUUAUCAUGGUUCUUUCUCUUUCAGUAAUGAUGCGUUAGAUUUGUCAGCAGAGGGUGAUGACAGGAGCACACAGCAGCAUCUCAACCGCCUGCGGUACCAGCGACUGCUGCAGCGAUUUAUGGCCUUCCAGCAAGACCACAACAGGCGUAAGGCUACAUGUCUAGAUUCACAGCAACAAUUUAGUGUAUUGCUAUAAAACUUUUUUGAAUAUUAGAACAUCUUCCUUCAUAUCCGCCUGUUACAUUAUGCUGGGAUCUGAGGUGAGCACAAGCAGGAUAUAUAUCAGUGUGCCAACUACUAGCAAGGCACCAGGAUGGGUGUACCGUUUAUAUUCUUGUUUGCGGCGCCAAAUUUUAUUUAAUUGGAAAUAUUUCAAGGGUAAUUACUCAGUAAUCGUGUCCGGAAAUUUGUUUGAAAGAAAUUUUGUCGACCGAAAAUUGAUUGACGGAAGUUUGAUUGAAUUUUUUUUUCAGUUCACGCGAUCUAAUUUUGCGUCAAAUUUCUUUUUUGAAUGCGUUAUUUUGUUUUACUAUAUAGUGGGUUCAAAAAGAAAUGUGACAAAAAUUUGAUCGCAUGAACUGAACAAAAAAAUUUAAACCUCUGCCGAUCAAUUUUCUUUCAAACAAAUCUCCGGUAACCCUUGUUUUCCAAGGAAAGGUGAAUAAUAAAAUUGUAACUAUAGAUCUUAAAGUUCCUCCAAAUCCAUCGUAUACUUGACAAGAUUCAAUUAUCUGUUACAUUACUAAAAUAAAGGUACCAGAAUUAGAUUGCACCAUUUGCCCAACGUAAUGUUUUUUCUUUACAAAUAAUAAAAGUCUCUUACUUAGAGAAUAGUUGUAAUGAUGGGCUUAUAUCACAUCCCAGCUAACACAGAUUCUGGUGGGGGGGCUUGAGCUUACACCCCUAUGGGAUUAUAUAAACGAUGAUAAAUUUCAAUGAAAAAUUUACCUAAAUCAUUUAGGAAUGUGGGUAAAUUUUUUUAACAGUGGUUUAGUUUCCUUAAUUAAUUUUAGUCUGGUUUUACCAUCCAAUAUUUAUGAAAAUAACAGCUACCUUGCAAUGACAAUAUCCCAGUUACUGAAAUAAUAGUAAUUCUUAUUUUCAUAUCUCCACAUAAUUUUAAAACCUGUAAAUGCUUUAGGAUUGAGCUAUUUCUUCUUUGUUCCAUCAUUGCCGGCUACCCCAACAGCUGCAUAUCCUGGUAUGCCACCAUUAUCUCCUGAAUCACGCUCUCCUGUUCACGAAGAAGGGCUGGACAAUGCUCGUCAGUAUGCUCGCCAUGUGACCAACAUCGCAGCCAGGACAGCAUCCAAUAAUGCAGAAACAGCUUCUUCGAGUUUGCCCAUUCUGUAAGUUUGUAUAUUCCACUCCUCAAUUAACAAGAUGUGAAUGCCCACCAUGAGUACAUUAGUGUUGUACUUGCUGUUUCAAAGGAAUAAAUGGGUUUUUUUUAAAUUUAUUUUCAGUGCAGUACCAGGUAUUCAUAAAAAAAAGAAAAUCCAGUACAAUUUGAAUAAGUAGAAAGCUUAUCAAUCUAUGUUAGUUAUCAUAUAAAUAAGACCAGCGCUAAUAUUCAAACAAUAUCAUAUCAGGAAUUUAUUUAUGUAAAGUAACUUGUAUUACAUUUGACCAUAAGUAUGAUGAAGUCCCCCCACCAUCUGUCUGCAGGGCGCUCCAUCGUCGAAGACAUGCUUCAUCAAGAGCACCGACUACACAGCCAAGCACCUCUCAGGAGGACUUUGUGUCCGUUGGCCAGGAGUCUGGAAGCUCAAACUGGCCCAUGCCUAGAAGAUUAGAAGAUGCACAGGCUCGGAGGAGGUGGGGCAGAUACGAGCCGUUCUUUUUUUCCAGAAACACAAGCAAUAACAACAACAACAAUGGCUUGGGGGAUAGCAACAACAACAGCAAUAACAACAACUAUAACUUUGGUCAUGGCAGCUAUAACAGUUACAGGCCCGAAGUCCCUGUUCGGUCAGCUUCAUCUUUAGACAGGCUCUUCACCUUGACCAGUCGUCCUUGGGAGGAGAAUAGCCGCAGUGCCCGCCCGAGUCUUUUCUCUGCACGGCCAGCAGAAACAUCCGGGUCCUCGGCAGCUUCAUCCUCCCAGCCAUCUUCUCUGUAUCAAGGGACAAGGAAUGAGAACGCUGCAAGUGAAAGUCUGGAUGCCAACGAGUUUGAAAUACUUCCAGUGGACCAAGAGAGGGAGGCUCGUAGAAACAAUGGAAGUAAUGGUUCGUCGUCUUCCGGUGUUCUGAGCAAUGCCGAGGGGAAUAACAAUAAUGUGGCCAGCUGGGAGGAGCUGCGUGCCUUGCUUAACAGAAUAGCUAACCGAUCAAGCGAGGAAUCGUCCGCUUCUAGUGGUGCGGCCACUGUUACGGGUGUCCCCCCGCCAUGGCCACUCCAGUCAUCCAGUGCGGCAUCCACUGCCGAAGGAAGCGAGUCUGGUUCAAGGUUGUCCAUAAGGUUAUCCUCUGAGCCUGCCGCAGCCAGGCCAACAUCAGUUCAUCGGACUCCCGCAAGAGAUUCUGGGACCGCCGACUCGUCUAAUCCCAUCCUGAACCUAGAUGUCUUUCUUGGCAGUGGAAAUCUAGAUACAUUUGAAGUGCCUUCAGCUCGAGUUUCUUCGUCGUCGUUGUUGUCCUCAAGAUUAGCCUCACAACUCCUCCCACCCGGACAAGAACCCCCUGCCGCCCAGCAGGAAUCCAUCAAUUCAUUACUGAGAAAUUCAGAAGGUGCUCCCCUGGCGAUGGGCACUUCUGACAACACUGGCGUCCACAUUCAUUUUGAUAGUGGUGUCAGCCACAGCUGGAGGAGAGGGCUGGGUCUUCGUCAUCAUUCCGUGGAUGAAGAGUCAGAGUUUCGCCUGCACUCCUCACUGCUGGACCGCACAACCCCGAGGCACGUUAUCGAUCAGACCAGCCAGACUCUGGGAGCCAUGAACCUACCAGAAAGCUCUGAUCAGUGCACAGAUGUGUCUGAUUUGGGGGAGCACCAUCAGCGUGCAGAUGUUUCCGGCUUGGGGGAGCACGGUCAAGGAGAUUCUCAUCUCAUGGGGGGUGCUGUGAGGGACACAGCGGGACAUUCUGAGGUCACUAGGAUGUGUGUAAGAAGAAACGUUUAUGAAGGCUUGGAUGAAAAUAUGCAACCCCUUCGUAUAACCAUUCCAAGGGAACCAUUAAGUUGUGAAUUCAGUAACGAGGGCGGAGACUUGGCUUUCAGCGAGGGAGUAAGUAACACUAGAGAUGACCAGAGUCAGUCCUGUAUAAGUGUCGAUAGUAGAAGUACCAAAAUGUCGAUCUUGGCUGCCGGUGUGGAUUGUAAUUUAAGAGACGAUGUCUGCACCUUGCCGCUAAAAAAACGUGGCAGAAAAAUUCAAAGCGCAGACGCUGUGGUGAACAGUCUGGGUUUUUCAACAAGUGAACAUGCUUGCCCUUUGCAUGCAUCAAGACAAACUGGUUCUCUUGUUGGCGGUGGAGGGGAGGGCAGUAGUAGGCAUGCAGGGCCAUCACAGCUGGCCAGCUGCUCAGACAAUGAACAGAUUUGUGCUGAUAGCUCUCAUACUAGAGAAAUACAAGCGGGUGCAUGUACGGAUCAGUCAAACACCCAACUGUCCAAAAAAGUUGGUGAGGGCCAAUCAGGCAUGGUAUGUUCAGAUCCGAAGGACAGAUCUGAAGAUAAUGAACGGCUUGGUGAGAACUGGUGUCCAUCCACUGUUGAAGAUAAUAAACUCGGUACCUCUGUUGUGCCCGAACCCGAGAUGUACUCUCCCGAAAGGCCAACAUCGGAUUGUUCUGAAAAUGAAUCAUCCACUCCUGUGGGCACAAUGGCAGCUGAAUCCCUUUUGGAUGUGUGCGGUCCAUCGACUGCGGCCGUCCGCGUUAUAUCCUCGACAUCAUCUUCAUCAACAUCGUCUCUUUCCUCGUCCCCUUCUCUGUCGUUGUCUUCAGUCAUAUCUUCCUCCUCUCAGGACACCCAAGCUUCUAGUGCCUUACUGGGUACAACCUCUUUGCAUCUCCUGCCUGUCAUCUCAAUGUCAACACAGUCUUCCAGGGCACCCCCAGACUCCCCUGGAGUAAGCAAUAGGCUAGCACCCAGGGAAUAUUCAGCACUUCAUGAACAAAACCGUACAAUCCCUCCCAUCUCAACUAGUGGGGAAACUAGGCAAACACAGAUCUUUUCAAAUGGAAUGACCUCCCCUACUUUAGAUGGUGAACAGUACCCAAACAUAAGGCCCAGUAUGUUCGCCACAACGCCUUGUCCAUGGAACAUCCCAAGGAGCUCGAGUGAUAGCAUUCUCAGGGCCUCGCUUGUGCGUCCAUCAUCCUCUGAUGUCAGAGCAGGGCUGCGGCGAUUCACUGACUCCAGUCAGCCCAGCGCCUUCUCUAUCUUCAGCACGCCGGCGCGGGAGCUGACCAGGAGCCCAUCUGUACUCAGGACCUCAUCGUUGCAGAACCCUGCUUCUGCCAACCCGGCAUCUUCCUCUGGUCUGUACCCACCCGCCACCAGGUCAGCGUCUGACCAGUCCAGUACAAGCUCUCCUCCCGAGGGUGAGGCUUCCUCUCAGAGACAGCUGAAUGCUGUCAGAGAUGUGCAGGAGAGGUUGCAGCAGGCUGUGCAACAGCUGAGGGAGGUGCAUACCAGUGUUAGAGAGUUGUCUUCAACUGCGCCAAAUGAUGAUAUCAAUAUAAUGGGACCUGAUUCAGUCACUCAAUACCUUGAGAGAAGAGUAAGUAAGAUGUGACUCUUGGCAAAAGAAAAUAAGUAGCCCUUCACUAAAUUAGUCUGUCCAAAGUAAAUAGACUUUGAUCCAAGAAAGUACCCUCUGAGCCACCCAUAAAGUACAUGUGCACUGGGGGGGAAAGGGGUUGUCAAUUUUGGAGAUUGUACAGGGGGAGGGGUGUCUUGCCAGAAAUUAUACACAUUUAUUUACAGACUUCUUUGACAGAGCCCAUGACCUUGCCAAAGGGCUAUGUGACAUCCCAGGGUGAAGUUGCGCAUGUUAAGAAAAGCACUGGGCUCACCAAAUAGCAUUGAAAACCCAUGAUACAUUUUAUUUACUAUGAUUUAAUGGUUUUUAAAUAAAUUUAUUUGGUUUUUUUUUGGAUAGGAUGGGGGUCGAAAGCUCGUUGUACAUACCUAUGUGGGUGUCUAAAAAUGUGCAAUUGAAAUAUGGGGGGUGGGGAGGGGGGGUAAAUUUUGUAAUUUAUGUUUGGGCUAUUUUUAACCAUAGUAUGUAAUUUGUUGGUGUAUGUAUUUACCAUUUGACUUAAAUCUUCUGUCUUUGUUGCUAUGAUAGCUUUAUGUGGCCCGAGUUUAAAUCAUAUUUGGUUUUGGUCUAUUCAUUACAUCAAAAUAAUGACCACAUGAGUUGAAUUAUAAGAAAUGACCCUGUGAGUGGUUCAAAAUUAAUGCUACACUGUCUUUAUUUAAGUCAUCUCUCAUAGUCUCGCUAACCUACAUAAAGUGUGCAGCUUUAAUUAGGUAUUUAAAAAAAUUUUUUUUUUACUAUUCCUGUUAACUUACUGAUAAAAAAGUAAAUGCUAUUAAUUUAAAGCAAAACAGACCAAGUCAUAGGUAACAUUUUUUUUUUUAUCUUCCAGGUAUCUGAGCUUGAUAGAAGAAUCUCUGACCUUGAGGAGAGCUAUAACUCUCGUAUUCGAGAGCUACGUCAUGAUUACUUGAUGAGAAGGUCAGACCUGCAACGAAAUCUUCUUCUCUGUAUCUCACCCUCCCACUUAAACAUUUUAUCAUUAGAAAGUUAUACAAUUUUUUGUUUCCAUGUUCAGUAUUAUUAAUUCUCUAAAUAAGCCUUUAGAGGCGCUCUUCCCCCACCCUCUUUACACACACUUUUAGAAAAGCUGAAUAAGCAUUAUUUGAAACCUGUAACAUUAGCCUUAAUGUGCAAUUUCCUUUGAAUCUACAUUCAAAUGUUCAUUUCUUGCAGUGUUUCCUUGUCUAGCUGUAAUUAACAUGCAUAAGGUGCCUAAAUAAUUUCCGUGCCAAUUGUUGAUGGAGCAAUUUGUAAAAGGAAUAUUGGCUAGGCCAAGAAUGCAAUAGACGAACUUCUUUUUUGUGUAUGGGAAUGGAUAGGAUGCUUUUUUUGUAAAAAAAAAGAAACAUUGAUAAGGGUUCACCGGCGUAUUAUUGAAAGAAACCCCUCAGAAGGCUUGUCAUUCUUUCAGAAUCCAAAGCAGUCGUGAAAGACGGCGCCCGGUCAACAACAGCCCUUACUUCCGCCGGUAUUCUGCCCGGUUGAGAGAAUCUCUCAGGGGCAGGGAGAGGGCGAGCUCAUCGCUGGAAUGUAGCACUAGCUCGGCGCCCGAUGUCCAUUCUAGAAGUGGGUCGUCGCGACCUGUCGAUGGUAGCGGUGAUGGUAAGUAUGUUGUUUUUUUUUUUUUGGUUUAUUAAAAAAGUAUCUACGUUAACUAGAAGUUUGGGUAGAGAUGGAGGUUACUUCGAUGCUAACACGUCCCAUCUGAAUGUGAGAUCUUGGUUAUAAAUAUGUUUUCCUUACACAUCACAUCUGGAUGUGAAAGUUUGCUUACUAUUAUGUUUUGCUUACAUAUCACAUCUGGAUGUGAGAACUUGUUUAUACAUAUGCUUACCUAUCACAUCUGGAUGUGAGAACUUGUUUAUACAUAUGCUUACAUAUCACAUCUGGAUGUGAGAACUUGUUUAUACAUAUGUUUUGCUUACACAUCACAUCUAAAUGUGAAAACUUGUGUGUAAGUUUGUUUUUAAAUGAAACAAAAGUGUGUGGGCUUUAUAUUUAAACUGAUGAUCAUUCAAGUCUGCUACCGGGUGCAGCAGCUUGUAUACAAUAAUCUUAUUAAGAUUACUCUUGUUACACAAUGUAAUCCUGGAAUUCUACCUAAAACUGCAUUGAUUAACUACCAGGUACCACUGUUUCAUUAAUUUAAAUACGUUCACUAUAACUGGUAUGAAAAUGAUCUUUCUUGUAAGUUUUUUCAGUGAAUGAACUAUUGCCACUGAGUUUUAAUUGUGUGUAUGUCUCCCAGGUGUUGAACUCUAAGAUUAUCGGGACUAAUUUUGAGCCAUAUUUAUUGUUCUCAUCCAUUAGCUCCUCCAGUCCGUCCUAGAAGUGGUCAGUUACUAGAGUGCCUGGUCAGACGAGACACAAGUCUUCCAACGACAUCACAAAGGUUGUUCUCAAGCUUCUACCAAGACAGUUUGUUCAAUAUUAAUGUUCAAAGAGGACACAACGGCAUAUCCGUAACCAUCAUUUAAAAUUUUAUCAGUACAUAGGGGUCAAAGAAUGUUAAAUUUUUGUAAUUUUGAAGAAGAAUAAAAUUUGAAAUGGAACUUCUUUUUUUUUCCCACUCCCCAGAUCUGCGCGAGCCUCUGAAAUGCCAGCAUCGGUGACCAUUAGACCGGCCAGGGAAGAGGAUAAUGAAGACAGCGGCCAGAGAUAUUAUUUAAACCUGCACCACGCCCACUUGCACCCUGACUACUCCAGCAGUAUUCUAGAUGACACCAUCAACCGACCCACCGACACUGUGCAGAGAAUCAUGAACCGAACCAUAGCUGGUAAAAAAAACAAAAUAACCCAACUCUAAAAGCAUUUCCCCCUCUAAAAGCAUUUCCCGCUCUCUUCAUUCAGUUGUGUACCAUUUUUGUGAAAAAAUUCAUGGUUUGACAUGAGAAGGUUUAUUCCGGGGGGGGGGGGGGCAAGAAUGAAAACCCAUCUGCCCAAGGUCAUUUUUUAAGCCAUGUGAAUUUUAGAGAGGGGGUUAAAAAAAGUAACGCGGGUUGGUUAAAGAGCCAAAAUAAAAGACAUUUUUUCCCCAGGUCAAGAAUGAAAACCCAUCUGACCAAGGUCAUUUUGUAAGCCAUGUGAAUUUUAGAGAGAGGGUUAAAUAAAGUCAAGCCGGUUGGAUUAAGAGCUCAAAUUAAAGGCAUUUUUUCCCCCAAAUGAUAUUGACAAAUCUCAUCACUCGUAACUCGGACAUCAUCUGAAACUUAUUAAAUUGGAAUCAAAUUAUACAAAAAUUAUGGUUUCAAUUAAAUAAGGAAAGUAUUACCCACAAUGUAUCAUUAUAUUCUCAUUCAAAAUGAAAAAUCCUAUCUGUUUUGGAAUAUGCUCCAGUUUUUUGUCUUUUUUUCUUUUUAAAGCUAGCAAUAAGUCACCCAUACACACAUUAAUAUGAUAUCUAUGAGCAUAAAAUGUGAAUGUUGAGAAUUUUAAAAAAAAUUUUUUUUUACAGUGAUAAAAUAUUUUCAUGUGUGAUCACAAUGUUGCCAUUUUUUAAAAUAUUUACUUACUGCUUAGAUGUGAUGGUACCAGGGUGUUACCAUUCAAAGAGAGGUCCGCUGGGACGAGCAUAUUAACAAUGUAUGUAACCAAGCAAACAAGACCCUGGCGUUCUUAAGGCAUAAUCUAAAUAUUGGCAACUCCUGUGUGAAAGAAAGAGCAUAUAAAGCCUUUGACCGUCAGAUUUUAGAUUAUGCAUCUUCAGUCUGGGACCCCUUUACCCAGAACAGCAUUGACAGUUUGGAGGCGGUCCAGCGAUGGGCAGCACGCUUUGUCCUGAACCGCUGCAGGAAUACCUCUAGUGUUGGCAGAAUGCUGGAAACAUUAGGCUGGUCUCCAUUGGAGGAACGACGACGACAAUGCAGGCUCUCCAUGAUGUACAAGAUAAAUAAUGGGCUGGUCCACUGUUCCAGAAUUAAACAGAAACUCGUCCCUCUCCCCCAUAGACGAGGCCAUGACGGGCAAUUCCGGCUCAUACCAGCAAGAAGCCAGUAUAGGAACUGCUCAUUCCUGCCCAAGACAAUCAGGGACUGGAACAAGCUGUCAAAGGGAACAGUUGAGGCGACAACACUAGACUCAUUUGUGUCUAUUGCCUCAAGCCUUCAAACCCCCAGUGCAUGAUUCCUUCACAAAGUGGCACUUGCAAUCAGUGAAAUAUCCUCGUCAACUCCAGGCACAGAAACAUUGCAAAUCCCCUCUACAUGCAUCGGAGCCAAAAUGAUCAAUAAAUUGAUCAUGGGCCCUUAAUUUAUAGAAGAAGAUAAGCAAAUUUCUUUGUGUUCUAAUAAUUGUUUGAUAUGAACUGUCCAUUAGUGAUUCACUGUGCUUGAUAUGAACUGUCCAUUGAUUAUUUGCUCUGCUUGAUAUAAACUGUCCAUUUGGCAAAUUGCCCUGUUUGAUAUGAAUUAGUGAAUAGCUCUGUUUGAUACGAAGUGUCCAUUGCUGUUUUGCUCUAUUUGAUAUGAAAUGUGGCAUUGCUCUGUUUGAUUCUGUCAAUUGGUGAAUUGCUCAGUCUGAUAGGAAAUGUCCAUUGAUGAAUCAUUCUAUUUGAUAUGCACUGUCCAUUUGGUGAAUUGCUCUGUUUAAUAUGGUAUAAUAAUUAAAGGACAGGACAAUAAGAUUUAAACGCUUCGGCAUAGAAAGCCUUCUUCAGCGCACAGGACAAAUGAAAAUAUCACAAGGAGCAGAGCACAGUAAACAAUUCAAGAAAUAUCCAUUGUUUUUUUUUUAAUAUGUAGUGUCAAUUUGUGAGUUACUCAGUUUGAUAUGAAAUGUUCAUUGGUAAAUCGUUCUAUAUUAUAUGGAGUGUCCAUUGGUGAAUCUCUCUGCUUGAUAUAAACUGUCCAUUUGGUGAAUUGCUCUGUUUGAUAUGAACUACCCAUUAGCAUACCUGUUUACUCUUACGAUUUUGGCGUACAAUGUACGAUUUUGAGAUGUAUUCAUUAUAUAUACUGCAUGUUUAUUUUUUACUACUAAGAUAAUGCAUUGAACGAUUUUGUGAUGAUAUUGUACGAUUUUAAGGGUAAACAGGUCUGCAUUAGUGAAUCACUCUGUUAUGCCCAGCCUUCCUACCAUAUCAAUUUUAUUCCAUAAGUUCAAUUUUUCAUAGCUUGUGGUUACACUAUGGAUUUGCAGGUGCUUUCCUGACCAGGGAUGACCAAGCAGUUGCCAGUAACAUUGUUCCUCAGACCCACAGGAUCCAGAGGUGGGAUGUGUCCAAGUGUGUUGUUCCCGAUAUAACCAAUGGUGAGUGGGAUGGUAUCUGUAUGGUCUGUGUCCACUUAGUCUGAUCGCAGAUGGCAAACUGAGCCUGAUAUAACCAAUGGUGAGUGGGAUGGUAUCUAAUGUGUGGUCUGUGUCCACUUAGUCUGAUCGCAGAUGGCAAACUGAGCCUGAUAUAACCAAUGGUGAGUGGGAUGGUAUCUAAUGUGUGGUCUGUGUCCUCUUAGUCUGAUCGCAGAUGGCAAACUGAGCCUGAUAUAAUAGUGGCGAGUGCGUUUUUAUAGAAUCUUGACCCAAUAAGGGAGAUCACUGAUAUUAUUUGGGCCUGAUAAAAAGUUUUACUAGAUUUUUUUUUUUUAGCUAUAGAAACUUAAAAUGAUGUUGCUAUGAAGACACAGAUUUUGAGACAUCCCCUUUUUUAGAAUGCCCGCAUUUUUAUUAGCCUUGUGAUAUGUGGCUUCAUCAUGUAAAUUUAUCAGUGAUGUAGCUUUAUCUUUUGAGAAAUAUUGGAAUGCGACAUUUGUAAAAGUUCCUUUUGUAUGUUAUGUUAUUCUAAAACUGUAUUUGUCUGCUUCAGUUGGCUUGGACUAAAUCAUUAAACUCCUCUGAUGAUAUUUCCCUAUUUUCUUUAAUAUAGCAUCCAUCAAUAUCGUUGUAAAGCACUGCAAACUCCACAAUGAUGCCAGCUGUGACCUCUCCAAGGACGGGACAUUCCUGGCCACUUUUGUACCAAGUCACAGGGGUUUCCCAGAUGACAACAUACUGGGUGUCUUCUCUUUGAGGAAGGAAUCUCUGGCUCAUUGCCUGUAUACAAAGAGCUUUGGUAAGAUUUGCCGAGAACAUUGCUUUUUAAUCACUGACUUGUAUCAAGGAUGCCCUUAGCUCUUUGGGUACAGUCUGUGGCCAACGCUGUUCAUUUAUAUAUUUAAACACUGUGGACGCCGUGCAUCUUUCUUUUUCUCAUUUUUUGUUGUUUCAUAAACAUACUAGUAUAAAAACUGAGCUACUGCUACGGCACAACAUGAGAUUUAGAAUGCUUCGUUCAAUAACAAAAUCGCCUAGGUUGUUGUUUUUUUGUUUUGUUUUUUACGACAGCUGGUAAUGCUCCUCAGCUCAACUAGUUAGAUAUCAAUUGUCUUAUUAAGUGUUUUAUAGACCACCUCCCUAUUGCACCAUCUGAAAUUUGUAAAGAGUAAAAUACAAAGCAAAGCAGGAUUGUUUGUGUCCGAAUUGAAUUGCUAAAGUGAUUCAUCUCAUUAACCCUCUGGAGACGUAAGGGCCGAUCUAUCGGCCCGAGGUACACUAGCGAGAAAGACGUCAAGUCCGAGCCGUCGGCCUGAUAGAUCGAGCCUCACGAUUGGCUGGCUUGGCGUUGUACCAGCGAAUCAAAAUUAUUCACACGUAUUCCUGCACAUCCCGGCAUUGUAAUGGCGGCGUUCAUUGAAGGUGAACUCAAUUUAUUUGUUUGCAGGAAUUUUUGUGUGUGUGUGUAGUUACAUCGUGAAUUUCGAACAUGUCUGACAGUGAUCAAACUGUGCUUAGUAAUUUUGAUAUUCUAGCAGUGAAUUUGACACUGAAACUGCUGAAAACAACCAGGGAAUUAAUGAAGACUUUCAAAUUGAGGGUAAUGCUAAUGUUGUGAACUCUUGGUUUAGUAUUACUAGUAUUAGGGGUCCUCAAAUGGACAGAGAUGACCCCUCUGAAUUUUUAGACAACAUAAGUCCUAUAAAUAAGUCAUAAGCACCCCAUUUGAGUAUUUUAUGCUAUUUUUUACACUAAAUAUCACUCAAGUGUUAAUGAGAGAGACCAAUUGAUAUGCAGACACAUUUGUCAGUAACAUUCAGCUUAAGAGAAGGUCCCUAGGUCAUAAAUGGGGGCCUGUUACAGUGUGUCUGUAACAACUGAAAAAUAGGGGGUGGGGGUGGGAAAGGAGUAGAACCAUGUGCCAGAGGUGUCUGAAGGGCCUUCAUGGGCCCUUUUCCCCCAAAAAAUAAGUAUUAGGACUUAUUCAGGCUUCAUCCAUCAAAAAAUUCACACAAUUGAUACAAGUAAGUCAUGUUUAUUCCAGGUGUAACAAAAAAUUACACGCAUAAAUUAUGCAAAUAAGGGUACCUCAUUUGCAUAAAUUUUGAUAUGUCAGUUUGAUUCAUAAAGAUUGUAUUAGUUCAUUCAAUUUCCUACAAGAAUAUAUAUGGUUUUACAUAUAUUAAGGGAAUAGUUUAUUUUUUAUAAAUUUUUUUGCAAUGCAAGUCUCGAGCUCGUAAAAAUUGCUCCGUCUUUUUGGCACAUACACCCCGAAAAGGCUCCGUCUCCAGAGGGUUAAGACUGAAACAAGGUUGUUUUUUGCUGCGUAGGCUUCUGGUUUGUUAUUUUAAGAAAUGCUAAUGAUUUUUAGUGCUAAAAGCGCACAGCACAGAUGGCGAUGGGGAUGUUAUUUAAAGAAUACAAAUUGACAUUUUAAAAAAAAAAAAAAAUUUUCUGGUAUCCAUCCAUCACAAGGUGACGAUGGUAUAGACUUCAGUGGAUAAAAUCCACAAGGCCUGGGAUUAUUCGUUUUAGGAUUAUAAGCUGGUAUUCUACAGAGCAAAUUGCCUCUCUCUCGAGGCCACUGGAUAAUCCAAAAGAACAUCAUGUGGAUGAUACAGCUUUCAUUGUGUCAUUUGGAAUGUUUCAUGGUGUCAAUGUUAUCUGCCUAUGGGAUGCCAUAUCCGAGUUUGAAUUAAGAGUUUCCCUUUCUUAGAUGAGUUGCCAUCCAAGGUAUACCAGUCCCAUUCACCCUGGCUGCUGCUGAUGUAUUUGCUUGGCUUUGGUGGGGAUUGAACUUGAGAUUGACUCGGCUUAGACCAUUUGACCACUCGGCACCCAAAUCGACAUUUACCAUAAAGGUUGAUAUUGAAAAAUGUUUAUUAUAUUUGACAGGCCCAAAUGCCAUUUCAGUGAGCAUCUCUCCAGAAAAUCGCUACGUCAUGGUGGGAUUAGCCGCUAAAAGGCUGUUCUUCUUUUCUGUCAACCAAAUGGUGGCCCAAGUGUACAGACUGGCUAAGGAGAAGGCUGGAGAAAGCUCUAUGCGGGUAACUAGCAGGAUGACACAUGACAAUUAGUUUAGACUUUAGGAUGAGACAUAAUCAGAAACUUGUGUACUUUACAGAAAUAAUCUGACACUUACGUACUAAACAGAAAAAAAUGAGUUACCUGAAAGAGUUUUAAAAGCAAAUAAUCCGAUGUGUCUUUUUUGUAACAAGCCUAGCCUAUGUCUAAUAUAAAAUUAUAAAUUUGUCAAUUUUUUGUGUAUUUGCAAACAAUUUGAAAGGAUUGACAAUGCUCAAGUUGUAAAUUGUCUCACUAUACAUUAACUAUAAUAAAUUUAAUCAACGGGUAACUCCAAGAGUCAAAUAGAGUUCAAAGACCCAUGUUUCAUUCUCAUCUAUAAUGUUUUACGUGCAGCAUGUCACCGACUUGUUUCACCCGUGUAACCAAGACAGCCGAAACCAUGUCAGUGUCAACUCUGCGCGCUGGCUGCCUGGAGUUGGGGAAGGUAUGGUGUACGGUACCAACAGGGGAGAUCUGCACUUCUGCCGACCUGGGUGAGUGGUUAGUUUGAUAGGUACCAAGGGUGUUACAGGUGAUCACAAACAUAAUUAGUUUCACGCGUACCAUAGGUGUUACAGGUGAUCACAAACAUAAUUAGUCUCACAGUCUGGUACCGUAGGUGUUACAGGUGAUCACAAACAUAAUUACCAUAUGUACUGUUACAAACUUCUUCGUAACUUCAAAUGUUACGACCUUAAUUUAAUAAGCUGAGGCCUUCAUCAAAUGUCGCGGCCUUCUUACGUUGUCUCCAGUUGCGACCUUCUCAAUACUUGACAUGUUAGGAUUUUCGUCCUUACACUUCAACACAUCGUCCAGUAGUUACGUUUACUGCACUGUCAGCAGACUCCACGUUGUCUAGGGGUUUACAACACUUUCUUCAUAUCUAUAUAUACAUCACAACUCCAGCAUGGAAAUACAACAGUUCUUUAUUUACAGGAUCCAAUAGCAAUUCACAGUGACGAAUUUCAACAGCGAUAAUACUAACUUUCUAACUACUGUCUCGGCUGGACUCUCUAACUACCUCUGACUGUAUAACACUCUCCCUGUCUCUCACUGACCCGGACUCUUACUAACUCUAAACUCUAGCCAACACACAUCCCUUUUAUAUAACCAAACAACAACUCAGCCUACACAAACGUGCCACACCACGGACUAACCUCACGCUCUGACCUCUCGACCACAACUCACAAAACACUCCCACGAUCCACAACUCCCCCUUCCCAACACUCACAACAACUCUCGCUCACAACAUUCCUCCCCCCUUUCGUUGACAUCACUCACAGUAGUGAUGUCACACUCCAAAAUGACAUCACAAAAUUGUAAUAGCCAACAAUGAACAGUUUUAUCCCUAGAAUUCCAAUAUCAAGUACAACUCACAACAACUCUCGCUCACAACAUUACAAUGGUACUCAUAGUGUUAACUACACACUCGGCAAAAGAUCCUAAAAUAAAAUUACAUCAACAUCAAAAUAAACAAUAACCAUUCCCUUUUCUCAAAAAAUAAAACAUGACACACCAAAAAAUUUGACCAAAGAUAAGGGAGAAAAAAAAAUUGUCAACAUCUGUAAUCCUAUGGACAGCCAUUAAUUGUCCCGCCAGUUAGUACACUCAAUGAGGGCGGGAUAUUCCGCUUGUCUGUCGCUUUCCAAAAAGCGUGCAGAUUUCUCCCCUCGCUCACAACAUUGUCUACAAACAUUACUUCUCUCCCCUGGCUUAACAUGUCAGCCCCUACAAGCAAUUUGAAUAACACUUUACAAGGCAAAAAGUUACACAAAAAUUCAAAACACAUCGUCCAAGUCAAACGUUCACAUAACCCAGUGAAACUAAAUUUACAAUCCUCACCUCCCAACUCAUGGCAAAACCUCUCAACAAAAUGAAAACCCUCAAUACGUUCAAAGCUUGAGCGCUCCCGGCUCUCAUCACAUAAUACACCAAUUUUAUAAUACACAUCAAAAACAAAAUCAAAACAUCCCCCACCUAAACCCACAUGACAUAAUUUAUGAAAAACAUUAUUUCUAUCCUCUGGUCCCACAUCAGGACAAAAGGUCACGUCCUCCACGGACUCAAAGUGACAACGGUCAACGACAAGACUGUCUGAGUCUAAACCAGACCUGCUACUACACUGGCUCUCGCACCUCGAGCAACCAGUGACACCUCCUGACUCGGCGUGUGGACUACGACCCUCGUAGCUCCAUCUGAAGUCAUUACCGAUGACUUCGACUUUGUUCACCCUACGUCCCCCUCUCGGGACUGCCCUUGACAAGUUCACGACCUCCACGUCGUGCUCACCGUAACUUGCCCAGGUUCUGACACAGUCAAACUCACAAAAUACACUUUCGUCAAUAAUUGCCUCUUGCAUUAAAUCAAAAUCUCUUUUCAGUAAAAAAUUUACAUUUCUCUGUUGUACAUUAAACGACUCUUGUAAAUUAUAAGUAUAAGCAAAAGCUGCAUCAAAAUCAUCUUGUCCAUCAAGACAGCCACCAUUACCUAAAUGUGGAACAUCACUAACACUAUUACUAACGUGUGGAACAUCCAUACCAAAAUCACCCCGUGAAGCCAUAUCCCUGUGCUCACACACAACACCCGUACCAAAAAACUCUAUUUCCCCUUGUACUUCUACAUCGUGUGCUUCAACUAUACUGACCUCCUCCCUCGAAACUAAAAAAAACUCCUCGCCCCUACACUUAGUUAUGUUUGCCCUCAUUUCAUCAGGAUAGUUGAUCUCUUCCAGAAAAUCUGACAUUUUCUCAGUGAACUCAUUUUCCUCCGCUAACAAAAUAACUCUUUCCUUAUCAUUUUCCCAAGUUUCCAAUUUAUCCAACGGAACAAUCCCCCUCUUAUCUGCCCCUGUGUCUUCAAAAUACUCUUCAACUAUUCCUAACUGAAAAAAUUCCCAUUCAUCAUUUCUCCUAUUGUCCCCCUUCUCAGUUUUAAUUUUGUUAUCCGCCAUCUCUAUCCACGACUUGCUCUCCUUGCACCAUCUCUGGACAUCACCUCUACUAUUGACCUCAUUUAUUUUUUUCCCUUCUGUCAUGUAAUUACUAUCCUCUCUUUCCCCUUCUGACCAGUCAUUUCUAUCGUACGGAUCUAAACAAUUUUUACUAACUACCCUGUCUAUUCUAUUCUCUUCAACAAAGUCAGUACUAUUCUGUUCUAUCUCCUUUUCCUUGCCUAACGAAAUACCUUGACGGUCCUCAACUUCUACUAAAGACUCCCCAGUUUCCUUAACGUUAUUUCUACCUAUCCUAGCCACAGGUCUCCCAGCCCUUUCUCCUUCUCUACACCACGCCUCAAACUCGGCCUCUUGCUUCUUUAUUAGGUUCCUUUUCCACUCUCGUUUUUCCCGUGCUAUUUUCUCAUCUAGCUGUGCCAAUUCUUCGGCUCGCUGUCUACCAAGUUUUGCCAUUGCUAACUCGUGAGCAUGUUCUUUAUCACGCUCACGUUCUUCCCUCUCCAGCUGACGUUCCCGAUCUUCCCUCUCUUCGGUUAACCUUUUUUCUAUCCACUGAGUGAUGGCUUCAUCUUUAUAGCCUAUCGCCUCUGCCUCCUCCCUGAGCUCUAACACUCUACUUUUCUUCCCACUCCUUGUUUCCAUUUUGAAAUAAUCUUAAAGCCCUCAAUAGUAGUAUAAGCAAUGUUAAAAAAAAUACAUCAAUCUUAUACAGCAACAAAUGUAAACUAUACUAAUUACCCGGUCUUGAUCUUGGGUCCCAACGUAGCUGACAUGCGUAGGCGUACAAUCGCAGUAGGGUACAUUCAACACGGGUACAGUACUAGUGUCAGUGUUACAGCAGUGUCGCAACAAGCAGGGUACGACAACCUCACAGGAUACGGUAACACAGGAUACGGCAACACAGGAUACGGCAACACGGUAUGGCAACACAGGAUACGGCAACACAGGGUACGGCAACACAGGGUUGGCAACAGUAGGGUAAGGCGACCAACAAGGUAUGGUAGCCAGCAGGGUCAGCAAAACAGGUUACAGCAACCAGGCAACCACACAGGAUACGGCAAAACACUUGAUCUGACAAAACAAAGGCAACCACACUGGAUAAGGUAGCCACAGGAUACGGCAACACCACAGUAUACGGCAACACCACAGUAUACGGCAACACCACAGUAUACGGCAACACCACAGGGUACGGCAACCACACAGUAUACGGCAACACCACAGGGUACGGCAACCACACAGGAUACGGCAAUCAGCAGGGUUGGCAACCAGCAGGGUUGGCAAUUCACAGUGACGACGUUCAAUAGCGAUAAUACUAACUCUCUAACUACUGUCUCGGCUGGACUCUCUAACUACCUGUGACUGUCUAACACUCUCCCUGUCUCUCACUGACCCGGACUCUUACUAACUCUGAACUCUAGCCAACACACAUCCCUUUUAUAUAACCACACAACAACUCAGCCUACACAAACGUGCCACACCACGGACUAACCUCACGCUCUGACCUCUCGACCACAACUCACAAAACACUCCCACGAUCCACAACUCCCCCUUCCCAACACUCACAACAACUCUCGCUCACAACAUGUACCAAUGAUAUCAAACGUGAUUCAAUUAAGCCAAAGUAGUUAUAUCUUACAAGUUACGAGGAUUAAGAAAAAAUAAAAUUGGUUAAUAAUAAUAUAGCAGAAUAAAUAAAAUUUUAUCAUAAAAAACUACUCCGAAAAGACUAUAUAAUAAAUGUGAGAACCAUCAAUUUUAAUAAUUUAUUCAAAUACAUCGAUACAUAAGGGAAAAUAAUAAAUUGUAGAAGGGCAGAUGAAAGCUGGCAUUGAAUGUUAUAGAGAUCGAUAGACUUAAAGCUUGAUCCCUUUUUAUACUCAUAUAUAAAGGUCCUGCACUACUAUUGUCAACGUAAAUGGUCUCUAGCUAGUACUUAAAUGUUUAACAGUUAACUAUCUGAGGAGAAAACUAUUUCUGUGUAUCACUGAGCUCCACACAAACAUUUUUCUCCCGUUUCCAUUAGCUCUAAAAAACCGUCCACGUCACGGCCCUUUUAAAAUGAGUUGCAAUAUCGUCUCCAGAUCUCGAAAAGUCCAUGAACGAGAUUCGCCCAAACCAAGGGGGCCCCACAGCGGACUUGAAUCCAUGAUCAGACUCCAUAGAAAUCAUUCAGCCCACAACAGUAUUGCCACCCAGACGACCACCGUCAGCAUCAGACGCAGCGCCAGCACACAGACGUCCAGAGAUGAUGAUCAUGAUCUAUGACGGUGUCCGUGGACAUGGAAGAAGUUUUUAAAAUCAUUGACAAAUAGGCCAGCAGGACAUGGUGAGAAUAGUGGGGAACUUGUGUAGAGUUUGAAGCCGUGGGUGCAAAGGUGAACUGCUCCUGUGUAGAUAGUCUAAAUAAAUUAACUGUGAUGACAACCAAAAUAUGUGCUUUCAUCUGUGCUACCUUUGCCCAGCGCCCCCCUUACCAAUUUGUGAAGUUUCCUGUCAGAAUUCAUGGACUCUGUUAAACGUGUAGUUUUCAGUUGGCCAUCCUUGUGUCUGGUUCAAUCGACUCUUGUGAUGCCGUCAUUACUGUGGGGGCUGUUCUGAUUUGGAGACUAGUUUACAAAAAACUGUAAUUAGAUAUUACUGAUGAUGUUUUUACGAUGUGCAUAGGUAAGGGUGUUAAGAAAAGAAAAAAAGACUACCAUUUUUCUAACUUAAUUUUUCCUUUACAUUUUCAAGGUGAUAUAUUUGAUGUGACAUUUGUAUUUCAUAGAAAUAAUCCAGUCUCUAUCAGCUGAUAUUUAAUUUAUUCUUUCAAAGUCCAUUUCACAAUACAAGUUUAAUUUUUAUCAAUGGGGGAUAAGGUUUUGUUAAGCACAUGCAAUGGAUGUUUUCUAAAUGAGUGCAAGUCUUGUAAAGGACUAUUUUUUGUUAAAACUGUGAUUCUUAGAUGCGAAUGUGUUACAAGUAGAGCAGCCAUAGCUUUGCUGGUAUGGUAGAUUUAUUUUUUUUAAAUAGCAGCAAAAUGAAUUAUAGCACCAAAAGUGCUGACGUACCUGGUUCACAGUAAAAUUUGGCUUUCCUUUUUUUUUUAUUGUAAGAUAAUUUUUUUUUUCCAUUUGCUGUUAAAUGUUAUGUUUUGUAUUUUGAGAUUGCCCUAUAAUUAUUGAAACUCGCACAAUGAAAUAACCUAACUGGAUCCAAUCUGUACAUACCGAAAACAUGUUUCAUGUUUAGUUAUGCUAAACACUGUGCUGGGUAUUUUAAAGAGUUAUUUGAGUGAAUCAACAUUGGCUGAUACCAUAACUCCACGCAUCAUGAUGUACAUAUUCAUGCUAUCCACCCAACUCCUUUCUGUGUGUAGAUAUGUAAUUCACUCACUGAGCACAAAAGAAUGUACAUGAGAUGAAGUGUUUGGAUGAUCAUGAUUGAAUAGCAAGAUAUAUUUAUAACAUCACAGAUUGAAAUAUUAUUCUCAAGUAUUUUGAUAAACCUGAUGAGCUUACGUAUCCAAACUCAGCCACCACAUUGCACAC